AUGCUUAUUCAAGAUCUUUGGCGCAGUGGAUGUGCCUGGGACCAGCAGAUCAACGACGAGUGUAGCGAGAAAUGGAAUCGUUGGGUCGGUCGGCUUCCAGAAAUCGAAAGAGUGCGGAUCCCUCGUUAUCACUUCACGGGAGGAUUAUCUGUGGACUACAGUACGUUGCAACUACACGUUCUUGUCGAUGCUAGUGAGAAUGCAUAUGAUGCUGUUGCAUAUUUCCGUGUCAUGACUGCUUCUGGUCCUAUUUGUUCGCUUGUGAUGGCACGUUCCAAGGUUGCACCUUUGAAGCAGCUGUCAAUUCCGCGCCUGGAACUACAGGCCGCGGUACUAGGUUCUAGAUUGCUAAAUUCCAUCAUCGAUAACCAUUCCGUAGAGGUGAAACAGCGGUUUAUUUGGACAGAUUCGAGGACAGUACUUUUUUGGAUCCAUUCGGAUCAGCGACGCUACAAGCAAUUCGUUGCUUUCCGAAUUUGUGAAAUCCUUAGUCUCACGAAGCUCGAUGAAUGGCGGUGGGUUUCCACUAGAAACAACAUCGCUGACGACCUAACCAAAUGGGAUCGAGGACGCAAUCUAAAUUCGAACGGUCCUUGGUUUCGGGGUCCACAUUUCCUGUUCCAUCAGGAAGAUUCCUGGCCAGAACAGAAGCGCGUAACACCGAAUGUGCCUGAAGAGAUACGUGCCCACAUACUGUUCCACGACAUUUCACUGUCAGAACCUGUAAUCGAUCCGUUGCGUUUUUCAAGAUGGAAGGUCUUAGUUCGAACGAUAGCCUGCGUCUACCGGUUUGUUUCGAACUGCAAGCGAAAAAAGGAAGGAUUGGCCAUUGAAGGUGUACCAACGACCGAUGCUCUCAAGAGAAAAGUAAAGGCAAAAAUUGCAUCUACGGUAGUUCCUUUGCAACGAGACGAAUACCAAAAAUCAGAAGCAUAUUUGUGGCGAUUCGCACAAGCGGAAGCAUACGGGGAUGGGGUGAAAACUCUCCAGAAAAAUCUUAAAGUGGGGAACGAGAAACAACGACAGCUGGAAAAAUCGAGCAGUCUAUACAGUCUGAGCCUAUUUUUGGAUGCACAGAACGUUCUUCGGAUGGAAGGGAGAACCGCACAAGGUACGUUCUUACCGUUCGAACUACGUUUCCCAAUUAUACUCCCUAAAGGACAUCCAGUUACCGUUAAACUUCUGGAACAUUAUCAUCAGAGAGUGGCACACGGCAAUCAAGAAACGGCGGUAAAUGAAAUACGACAAAGGUUUUGGAUUCCCAAUCUCCGAGCGAAACGUAUUUCAAGAGCUUGCAUGCGAUGCAAGGUGAGGAAAUGUGAGCCAGGUCAUCCGAGAAUGGCUCCUCUUCCGAUUUCGCGGAUCUCGCCUGGGUUGCAGCCGUUCAACUACACAGGGGUGGAUUAUUGUGGUCCAUUGACUGUCUCCGUCGGGCGCAGAUCAGAGAAAAGGUGGAUUUGUUUGUUCACGUGUUUGACGACGAGAGCUAUUCACAUUGAGGUUGCUCAUAGUCUGACGACUCAAUCGUGCCUGAUGGCCAUACGGCGAUUCGUGAGCUACAGAGGAGGUCCUCUUGAAUUCUUCUCAGAUAAUGGGACGAAUUUCCAUGGCGCCAGCAAAGAAAUUGUUAAGCAGAUGGAGAUUAAUUGUGAAGAUGUGUUCACCGAUUCGAGAACCAGAUGGAAUUUCAAUCCGCCUUCCGCACCUCAUAUGGGUGGGGUGUGGGAGCGAAUGGUGCGCUCCGUUAAGACGGCGUUGAAAGCGUUGGAUGAUGGCCGCCGAAUGACGGACGAAGUACUCCUGACCGUGUUGGCAGAAGCGGUGGAUUUAAUCAAUUCUCGGCCACUGACAUACGCUGGCCUGGAACCUGAUGCAAAGGAAGCGCUAACACCAAACCAUUUUGUUCGCGGCGUAGGACUAAUGAGUUCUGAGUCGUUUAUCAGACCUACCAAUGAAGCAGAGGCACUGCGGGACAGCUUCAAGCGGUCACAGUUUUUGGCUGAUUGUUUGUGGAAACGAUGGACUUCUGAGUAUCUCCCAACGAUCAAUCAUCGCAGCAAAUGGCACUCUGAAAUGCCUCCUAUUGCAAAAGGUGAUCUUGUGUAUAUUGCGGACGAGAAUAUCUGA